AUGGACAAUAAUAAUAAUAACAAUAACAACAACUCAUUGGUCGUUGGAGAAGUGAGCGCUAAACAACAAGAGGAUGCUGCUGCCAUAGAACAAGCUGUUGUAAAGUGGAGCAUUGUGGCCACGUCCAACAACCCUUCACCUCGUUUCGACAACACAAUGUCAAUGUAUAAGAAUCAUUUGUAUCUGUUUGGUGGACAUCAAGGAGAAAACUCGACAUCAAGUUUCUCUUACUUCCAAAAGUUGGACUUGAAUACAUUCGCCUGGCAAUCAUUGCCAUGCACAUCGGUCAAGACAAGGAUAUUGCACACAUCAGUGAUUCAAGGCGAUUCAAUGUAUAUAUUCGGUGGCUGCAUAUAUGAGGAGGAAUCAAAAGGUUGGAUAUGGGGCGCGAGCAAGACCAACAAGUUCUUGAGGACAUUGGGCGAUCUGAUCAAGUACGACUUCACCACCAACGAGUGGCACACGCUUCAGACGGGACAGGCACGCGACGGCCACUGUUCAGUCGUGGCUAACAAUGAGAUGUACGUCAUUGGUGGAUCGGUCACACAGCACGACGCCAAACGCAACAUCUUCUCGACAUUCUUCAACUGCGCCAACGUUUACAACUUUGAGACAAACACUUGGCGCGAGAUCCCCGCCCCCACCUUUGGCAGACUGGGCACGGCGGUGACGUACCGCGCGUCCGAGCAGUCCAAGGAGUAUGUGUACUACUUUGGCGGCUACGAUCAGGCCGGCCGUUCGAACAACGACCUGUGGCGCCUGGACACCGAGACGGAGAUCUGGCACCUGGUCGGCAGGAAGGAGGGCGCUCCAUGGCCCGUCGACCGUCACUCACACACAGCCAACAUCUACCAGGACAAGAUGUACGUGUAUGGUGGCUACAACAAGAGGGGAUUCGUACGCGAUCUCUAUGCAUUUGACUUCUCCACCGAGUCCUGGCAGGCAGUGCCCACCGAGGGUCCUCCCAAGAGACGUCGCUGCAACAGUGUGGUGCUGGAGAGUGGUGGACGCAAUAGACUAUUGUUGUUUGGCGGCACCUAUCUCUCAUGUUACUACAAUGACAUCUAUGAGUUUGUGUUCCCAUCACAGAUCAACAUACCCAAGGACCGUCUGGCAUUUGACUUCUCCAUUCUCUUUGACAAUGCUCAAGAGUACUUUAGCGAUAUCACAUUCGUCGUGGAAGGUAGGCCCAUCCACGCACACAAGAACAUCCUAAGCGUCCGUUCCAGUUACUUCAAAUCAAUGUUAACCUCUGGUCUCAAGGAGUCAUUUGAGAAAGAGAUUGUGAUCAAGAAUGAAACAUUCAGCGACUUUAAUACGAUGAUUAGAUAUGUUUACACUGGCGAUGAGUCAUUGGUCACUGUGGAGAACUGUAUUGCACUGCUUCAUCUUGCUGAUUGUUAUAUGUUUGAUAGACUCAAGACCAUUUGUGAGGCCAAGGCCACAGAGGCCAUCGAUGUGGACUCUGUCGUAUCAUUAUAUCGCCAGGCUGAUUUCUACAAACUGACCAAGCUUCGUCAACUAUGUAUCACAUUCAUUGCCAAGAAUCACAAGGAUGUACUAGCCACUGGCACUCUCAACAACAUGGAUUCAUCAUUCCUACUUGAGGUGAUGUACUGUUUAGACCCAUCUUUAAAUCAAAGUGGUAGCACAUCAUCAACAAGCAACACAUUGCCAUCAUCC